UAAACAGUUCGUUCUUUCCGAGACGUUGGCAGUUGUUGCCGGCCGGCUACUUGAUAUUCGCACUCCCGUCGAUGACUACCGAUGGUAAUUGUUGAGCGGGAGCAAUCUCUGCAUUUUUUAAAGUAUGUGCUUCCUAUUAUCAGUUGAAAGUUGCUUCUUGAACAAUGAGCAUUAAAUUGUAAGUUGUUGAAAAUAUGGUGCUGGCGAAACUCAUCAAUAUGCUAUUCAUAGUAACAAUGAUCUGGACCGAAGCGAUGGUUACGAUAAACGAGGCAUCGACCUGUGAAGACGUAACCAAGUCCGGAGAGUGUGAUUGUUCAAGUGGUCUUAAUUCGUUGUAUGUGAAGUGUAAUAUAUCAAAUUCAAUUUUUAGAGGACGAUUCAGUGGAAAUGAGUCGGCAACGAUAGAAUGUAGUGCAAGACCUGUGAUGAAUGGACUGUUGAGAAUAGGGACACGUACAUCGGUCAUACUGCGCAAUUGUUUGGAUUACUUGAAGCCUACAACAUUGCGUCAAUUACUGGAUAUGUUUGGAUCAAGCAAAGAAGAAAGCAUAGAAAUAAAGUUUGACAAUUAUACGGAAAUCGAUCUACCUAGAACAUAUUUUCUAGGCUUCGGGGCAUUGAAAAUGCUUCGACUUCACUUUCACAUAAAGCAUUUAAGAUCAGAUGUGCUUGGCGAGUUAACGAUGCUAGAACAAUUUAGUUUGAGAGGAGGAUAUGAGAAACUGCCGAGUGAUUUACUCACUAAUCAAAUCAAUCUCUUGGAGCUUGUAUUGACGGACAACCGAAUCGAGGAAAUUCCAGAGGAUUUUUUCAGUCAUCAAAACAAGCUCAUGCAUUUAGACAUCAGUAUCAAUCUGCUAGAUUACAUUAAUGAAAAUGCGUUUGCGAAUCUCACUUCACUAAUACACUUAGACCUUAGCAAUAAUCGCCUGCAGGCAAUACACGAGAACGCCUUCCAAAGCAUGACAAAGCUUGAAUACCUUAGCUUGAAAUCCAACAAACUAGCGUUCAUACCAACCGCAUUGCUCAGAGGGUUAACCGUGCUUGCCAAUCUGGAUCUCUCUGAAAACCAGCUGCGGGUACUUCCACCGGAUCUUCUGCGGAAUCAUACUCAGCUAUUCCGCUCAGAUCUGUCGCAGAACGAGAUUGGAGCACUACCAGCUACGUUGUUCGAAACUAAUGGUGCCCUGCAGUAUGUCAAUAUCAGUCACAACAGCUUGGUAACACUGCCCAGUAAACUUUUUCACACAUUGCAGAAGCUGAUUUCACUUGACCUGAGUAAUAAUCAACUGAGCACUCUGGACUCGGACACAUUCAAUCGAAGUCCCUACGUAAUAUUUCUGUACCUUCAAAGUAAUCGCCUGUGCUUCGCUGGUUCACUAUAUCGCAAUGAACAUGAUCAAGACGAGAGCUCAUUUUCCCCUUUCUGGCCCAUCAGAACACAGCUGCGAGAGUUAAAUUUGAGCAACAACAGCAUUGACCGCGUAGAUAUCGCUUGGGUUCAGUCUCCGAAGCUGAAGAAGCUGGAUCUAAGCUACAACAAACUGUCCAAGUUCGACAACGAAGACUUCAAAUUUCAGUCCAAUGAAAUGGUCGUUGAUUUGGAAUUCAAUCAGAUAGCUACAUUGUCACUGAUUGAAACCGAUGCCACAAAGGGCAGUGACGGUUUCAUUCUCUUCAAAUUAAACAACAAUCCAAUCAAUUGCGACUGCCGAGUUUCAAGUUUUGUAAUGUUCCUUCAGAAGACCGGGAAUUUCUAUAGACGAUGGCGGUUUACAGUGGAUCAUCUGCGAUGCAUUCAGCCAGAGCUCAAUCAAAAUAUUAAAUUAGUAAACGUGGUCGUGAAGAACCUGCUUUGCGAAAGGUAUGACGAUUGUCCGGAGGCAUGUCGAUGCUACGUACGAUGGAGCAACGAAACAGUGCUGGUGAACUGCGAUAAUCAGAAUCUAAACAAACUGCCAAACUUGAUGCAAAUUGGUAAAGCAUUUGAUCAUGUGGAGCUUUUUGUGAAAGAUAACAGUUUGGAAUCCUUAACUUUGGACGAUUCUUUAGGUUAUGAAAAAGUGAAAAAAUUCAACGCUAGUUUUAAUCGAAUUCAAAACCUUACAUCUUACCAUCUUCCGAAUGUGGAAACACUUGAUCUGUCGAACAAUAACAUCACCAGUUUAUUACAAUUGAGCCACUUAAUCAACUACAGUUCACAACUAAGCAGUAUAAGGCUCUCAUUUAACCCGUGGCAGUGCGAUUGCGAUUCGACUGAUCCCACGAGGAUCAUUCAAAACUCAUCCGAUCGAAUUGAAGACUUCAAAACCAUCCGAUGUUCGGAUGGUCGUGAGCUUAACUUACUCACCAUCAGUGACUUAUGUUCGAUGGACGUAAUCACCACCGUUGUAAUUUGUUUAUGCUUCUGCGUUAUCUUCUGUUUGAUCAUCAGCUUCAUCGUCUACGCGUAUCAGUUGGAGAUCAAGAUUUGGUUCUUCACUAACAAUCUUUGCAUGGGGCUGGUUAGCGAACAAGAAGUGGAUAAGGAUAAACUGUACGACGCAUUCCUAUCCUACUGCCAUCAAGACGAAGAAUUCGUUAGUGCAACCUUGAUACCUCGCUUGGAAACUGCUCCGAUGAAUUUGAAAGUUUGCUGGCAUAUACGCGAUUGGAACCCUGGCGAGAUGAUUACCACUCAGAUCACACACUCCAUCGAAAAUUCCCGUCGAACGAUCGUUGUGUUGUCCAAGGACUUCUUGGAAUCCAGCUGGGGACAAUUAGAGUUUAGAACAGCGCACAUAAAUUCAAUGGCGGAGAAGCGGAUCCGUUUGAUCAUCAUUAUAUACGGAGACUUGGACGAUGAAGAGCGGAUUGAUUCGGAGAUGAAAGCCUACCUAAAAACCAAUACCUACAUCAAAUGGGGCGAUCCAUGGUUCUGGCAAAAGCUGCGAUAUUCCAUGCCACAUCCUCCGAGAGUUAAGGGUGUACGAUGGUAUAGGAACCGGAAUAGAGUGGCCAUAGGAGACUCAGUUGGAAUUAGUUAAUGAAUUGAGUUUUGUCUCUGAACUCAUCUACCUAUGAAAGCAUGACUGCUUCAUGAAGUUAGUAAAUCAAGUAAAUAUAGGACAGUUGUGCUUGUAGAGGCAGUCAUGUUCAAUCUCGAAUCGUAGUUUGAAAUUGCUUUAAAUUAUUUUUUGUAGCCAAUCGAAAUAUGUAGCAUGUUCUACAAUGUAAAAUUAGUUAGAAUUCAUUUGAACACUGAACUACAACUACAUUUGUUUUUGUUUUUAUCAAAGAGAUUUGCAGUCCUAGCUUAGAUCAUCUCUAACUUGAAACUGCAAAAUGCGUUACCGUAACAUUUUAUUACUGUAUAGGGGAA